AUGAUAAAAAUUUUAUUCAAUCAAAUUUUUUGUUAUUUUAGUUGCAUCUAUACUAUGACGAACAACGUUGUCAUUUUAGUGGUAUUGGUCAUUUUUGGCCUUCCAACAUUAAUCAAUGGUGGUUCAACAUUUGAACUUUAUAGUGAUAAUCCGGAUAUUUUUCGAAAUACAAGUGAAUUAAUUGAAUCUCGUGGAUUUCAAUCGGAAACUCAUCGAAUGAUUACCGAAGAUGGUUAUAUAUUGACAAUGUUUCGUCUGAUCAAUCCAUACAUGAAACAUAAACGUCCAUUACAACCGAUAUUGAUACAACACGGUCUCUGUGGUAAUGGUGAUUAUUUUAUUUUCUCUGAUCAUGAAGCAUUGAUCGAAGGUGGACAAUUUUUGGAUCUAAAAACAUUACGUUCAUUGAAUUGUACCGGAUUGGAUAGAAAUUCUGCCGGAACAAGCAUAGCUUAUAUUUUAGCAUCCUGUGGAUAUGAUGUUUGGCUAGGCAAUUUUCGUGGCAAUCGUUAUUCAGAUGGUCAUAUUGUAUUGAAUCAAAAAAUUGAUCGUGAAUAUUGGUCAUUUAAUAUUGAUCAUUUUUCUCAUUAUGAUACACCAACACAAAUAAAUUAUGUACUCAAUUACACUGGAAAAUCACAUUUGACUUAUAUAGGACAUUCAAUGGGUACAACAUCAAUUUUGCAACUAUUAACGGAAAAACCUGAAUAUUCUAAAUAUUUAAAACCUAUUAUUCUGAUGGCACCGGUUACUCAUGUAUAUCAUAUACGAUCACCAGUUUUAUUGUUGGGAGCUUAUACACCGGCACUUAUCAAAUUUUUUGAGAAAGCUAGUUUACCAUUUUUUGGUCUACCAAGCCGAAUUUGGGCUCUAGUCGAUCAAUUAUUUGCAACAUUUAUCUGUGGAAAUUCAUUGUUCAAACCAUUAUGUGCAUUAAUUGUGUUCAUCAUCAAUGGAUUUGAUUAUCCUAAUCUAGCACCGCAUAUUAUACCAUUCUCAGCAGGACAUUUUCCCGAUGAAACAUCGAUGGCUGCAUUUGCACAUUGGGCACAACGAGUUGUUUACAAUACUUUCAGUUACUAUGAUUAUGGUGUCGAAGAGAAUCUCUCACGAUACGGAACAGAUAUUCCACCAAUCUAUAAUUUAUCUAAAAUUGAUUCGGAAAAUAUUAUGCUUAUUUCCGGUAUAAAUGAUUGGUUAGCCGAUCCGGAUGAUGUUGAUAUUUUAAGAAGUCAAUUGAGUGUUCGACCGUUAAAAGAUUAUGUCAUCCCUUAUCAGCUAUGGAAUCAUGCAGAUUUUCUGGUCGGAACGAAUCGUGGUUCUGAACAAAAUUCAGUCAUAUUGCAAUGGCUUUAUGAAUUUUUUGGUGAAGUAGCACAUGAUCAUCAUUAUAAAACAUAGGACGACCAAUAAUCAGUUGAUUCAUCAAUGAGAAAAAAUGAGAAAAAAAUAUGUAGUUAUGCUAUAGAUAACCUGAUUAUUCGAUCAUCAACAAAAAAAAAAAAACUGAUUAAU